AGUCGAGAGCAGGCGGCGGCGGCUGCGACGACUGUGGCUCGGGAGGCGCGGCUGCUCUGGACGCAGGGGGGGCUCCGGACGGGAAGGGGCCCAGGAGGGGGGCGCUGGGAGUCGGGCGUGGCGGCAGCGGCGGCGCCCGGUCCUCCUGCGCCGCCUCCUCUUCCCGCCGCCGCCGCCGCUCCUGGAGCCAGUACGAUGGUCCCCGCUGCGCCUGGCGCAGGCAGCCCGGAGUGGGACGCGCCCUCGCCGCCGCCGUGCGUAGCCGCCGGGCGCCCUGUCCUCGGCGCCGCCUCGCCGGAGCUGUAGCCGAGCCUCGCCGGAGCCGGGCUGGGGCGCGCCUGCCCGCCCGCCCAGGAUGCUGACCUGCUGCCGCCUCCCGCGCCCGCUCCUGCUGCUGCUGGCCGAGUCCUGCGCCGCCGCCGCCGCCGCCGGAGGCUUCCUGGGGCUCGUCUGGCUCCUGCACUCCUGCCACGGGAUGCCCCAUGUCAUCCGCAUUGGAGGCAUCUUUGAAUAUGCCGAUGGCCCCAAUGCCCAGGGCAUGAAUGCUGAAGAGCAAGCCUUCCGGUUCUCUGCCAACAUUAUCAAUAGGAAUAGGACUUUGUUACCCAACACCACUCUGACCUAUGAUAUCCAGAGGAUACACUUCCACGACAGCUUCGAAGCUACCAAGAAAGCCUGCGACCAGCUUGCGCUGGGUGUGGUUGCCAUCUUUGGGCCUUCCCAGGGCUCCUGUACCAAUGCCGUCCAGUCCAUCUGCAAUGCCUUGGAAGUCCCCCACAUCCAGCUGCGGUGGAAGCAUCACCCUUUGGAUAACAAGGACACCUUCUAUGUGAACCUCUACCCGGACUAUGCCUCGCUCAGCCAUGCCAUUCUGGACCUGGUGCAGUACCUGAAGUGGAGGUCGGCGACCGUGGUCUAUGAUGACAGCACAGGCCUGAUCCGGCUGCAGGAGCUGAUCAUGGCCCCGUCCAGGUACAACAUCCGACUGAAGAUCCGCCAGCUGCCCCUCGACACGGACGACACCCGGCCGCUGCUCAAGGAGAUGAAGCGAGGCCGGGAGUUCCGGAUCAUCUUUGACUGCACUCACACGAUGGCCGUGCAGAUCCUCAAGCAGGCCAUGGCGAUGGGGAUGAUGACGGAGUACUACCACUUCAUCUUCACCACCCUGGAUCUUUAUGCAUUAGAUCUAGAGCAAUAUCGCUACUCUGGAGUGAACCUGACCGGCUUCCGCAUCCUGAACGUGGAGAACCCGCAUGUCUCAGCCAUCAUUGACAAAUGGUCCAUGGAGAGGCUGCAGUUGGCCCCCAAGCCUGAGCCAGGGCUGGUUGCGGGGGUGAUGAUGACAGAUGCUGCCCUGUUGUAUGACGCCGUCCACAUCGUCUCUGUGUGCUACCAGCGAGCUCCGCAGAUGACUGUCAACUCCCUCCAGUGUCAUCGGCAUAAAGCCUGGCGGUUUGGGGGGCGCUUCAUGAAUUUCAUCAAAGAGGCUCAAUGGGAAGGCCUAACUGGGCGCAUCGUCUUCAACAGGACCAGUGGCCUGAGGACCGACUUUGACUUGGACAUCAUCAGCCUCAAGGAAGAGGGGCUGGAGAAGGUUGGAGUGUGGAGCCACUCAGAUGGACUGAACAUCACCGAGAUUGCCAGAAGGCAGGAGCCCAACGUCACCGAUUCGCUGAUCAAUCGGUCUUUGAUUGUCACCACAGUCCUGGAGGAACCAUUCAUCAUGUUUGUGAAGUCGGACACCGUCCUUUCCGGGAACGAGCGCUUUGAGGGGUACUGCAUUGACCUCCUGAACGAGCUCUCCCGAAUCCUUGGCUUCAAAUACGACAUCCGGUUGGUGGAAGAUGGGAAAUACGGAGCCCAGGAUGAGAAAGGGCAGUGGAACGGCAUGAUCCGGGAGCUGAUUGAUCAUAAAGCUGACCUGGCAGUUGCUCCACUCACCAUCACCCACGUCCGGGAGAAAGCGAUUGACUUCUCCAAGCCCUUCAUGACUUUGGGGAUCAGCAUCCUCUACCGGAAAGCCAACGGGACCGGCCCCAGCGUCUUCUCGUUCCUCAACCCACUGUCUCCUGACAUUUGGAUGUACAUCCUCCUCGCAUACCUGGGCGUCAGCUGUGUGCUCUUUGUGAUUGCCAGGUUCAGCCCUUACGAAUGGUACGAUGCCCACCCGUGCAACCCGGGGUCGGACAUUGUGGAGAAUAACUUCACCCUCCUCAACAGCUUCUGGUUUGGAAUGGGAGCGCUGAUGCAGCAAGGCUCCGAGCUGAUGCCGAAAGCCCUGUCCACACGCAUCAUUGGGGGCAUCUGGUGGUUCUUCACGCUGAUCAUCAUCUCGUCCUACACGGCAAACCUGGCUGCCUUCUUGACGGUGGAGAGGAUGGAGUCCCCCAUCGACUCGGCAGACGAUCUGGCCAAGCAAACGAAAAUUGAAUAUGGGGCAGUGAAGGAUGGAGCCACCAUGACCUUCUUCAAGAAAUCCAGGAUCUCCACUUUUGAAAAGAUGUGGGCAUUCAUGAGCAGCAAGUCCUCUGCUCUCGUGAAGAAUAAUGAGGAAGGCAUCCAGCGCACCCUCACCUCGGACUAUGCCCUGCUGAUGGAAUCCACGGCCAUUGAGUACAUCACCCAGCGGAACUGCAACCUGACCCAGAUUGGUGGGCUGAUCGACUCCAAGGGCUACGGGAUUGGCACCCCCAUGGGCUCCCCAUACAGAGACAAGAUCACCAUCGCGAUCCUCCAGCUCCAGGAGAAUGACAAGCUGUACCAGAUGAAAGAGAGAUGGUGGAAAGCCAGUGGCUGCCCGGAGGAAGAGAGCAAAGAAGCCAGUGCUCUCGGCAUCCACAACAUUGGCGGGCUCUUCAUCGUCUUGGCGGCUGGGCUGGUCCUCUCCGUGUUUGUAGCCACGGUGGAGUUCAUCUACAAGCUGCGCAAGACCGCGGAGCGUGAGCAGCGCUCCUUCUGCAGUGCCAUGGCCGACGAGAUCCGGCUCUCCCUCACGUGCCACCAGCGUGUGAAACACAAGCCCCCCCAGCCCCCGCUCAUGGUGAAGACAGAUGCGGUGAUCAACAUGCACACGUUCAACGACCGGCGGCUCCCUGGCAAAGACAGCAUGACCUGCAACACAGGGUUGACGCCCGUGUUCCCCUAGCAGGAGGCGGGGUGAGAAGUGGGGAGGGGCUUGCUGGGAGGGGAAGGGAUGCACGUCCACAUCGCGGCAGCCGAGAGAGAGGGAGAACUCAGCCAGGCUUGGAUUUCCCUUUGGAGCACCAGGCCUCGAGGGCACCUGCAGCCACCAACCGACUUGGGAACCGGAACUCAGCGCAUGGACCGUGAUGUCUUCAGUUUGGGGCUGGUUGACUAAGAACAAGCCCAGUCGAGGUUUCAGCACAGCAGGCCUCUCAGCAUCGGACCCCAGCUUCUCCUCUCGCCCAUCCGCAUCCAGGAGUCUUGAUGUUUACAUAACACAUGAGCGGAAGCAGCCACCGUGCAGGGUGUCGGCUGAUCUGGCACAGAGAAGCGUCCCAAAGCCCUCAAAUCCAACGCUUCCUUUUUCAGUAUGGCAAUAAACAAAAUGACUUGGG